GGGCCUGAACAGUCUCUACACUUAGGUCCCAGAUCGUCACCAUGAAGCUGAUACUUCUGUACCUGGCUGUGGUGCUCUGCUUUGUUGGCAAAGCUAGAUCUUUCAGAAAUGGAGCUGGCUUCUAUACUUCCCUAGGCGGUCAAAUGAGAGUCUUUGAUUUUAAUAAAAAGACUCUGGAUGCCAAGAGUUCUGGUGGGAGCAAAGAUUACAAUCUGUCUGAUGGAGGUAAAAGUAACUCGAGAAAGAAUCUUAGUCCUGCUACUGGUGGCUCUGCAACACAACAGUCUAAUUUAGAUGACUCUCAUGCACCCAAUCUUGGAAAAAGUGAAACUAUGCUGAGUCUGUUAGGUUACCUGGGAGCUUUUCGCCCUGUGCUUAGUGGCCUUACGUCUCUGCCCAGAGUAGGAGGUGGUGCCCAUGGUAAUAUCGGUUUAAGAGCUGAAAUCAGCAGAAAUGGUGUCAACCUGUCAGGUGACUCAAGUGCAAGAGGUAGUCUGAAUGUGAAUCCGUUAAGUGGACUCUCCACCAAGUCAGGAAAUGAUGCCACCGUCCAGGGUCAACAAGCAGCUGCAUCUGGUGGCUCUAAGCACAAUGUAGAGAAUAGCAGUUUAUCUACAGGCUCUGCAACCUCCAACAAAGGAGCUGACAAACCAAGUGAACAUCUGAGUAACCUUUUCCUUAAAGGACUGAAAGGAAUAGUCGAACCGAUCACAAGUGCUGCUGGUGGCUCAGUUUCUUCGGCUGUCGAGAAUCUUAAAGCACAAAUAAAAAAAUUCAUAGAGCCCCUGACAGAGGAUCAUGGACCAACAAGCACUAGUGCCAGUGUCUCAGGUGACUCAAGUACAAGCAGUAGGCUGGAUGGGCAUUCAUCAGAUGGACUCUCCAAGGUGUCAGGAGAUGAUCCCACAGUCCAGGGUCACGAUGUAGCUGCAUCUGAUGGCUCUAAGCAGAAUGUAGAGGAUAGCACUUUAUCUACAGGCUCUGCAACCUCCAAUGAAGGAGAUGACAAAUCUAGUGACAAUUCAAGUAACACUUUCAGGGAAGAUUUGGAAAAAAUAUUAGAACAGAUCACAAGUGCUCCUGGUGGCUCAGUUUCUUCGGCUGUCGAGAAUCUUAAAGCACAAAUAAAAAAAUUCAUAGAGCCCCUGACAGAGGAUCAUGGACCAACAAGCACUAGUGCCAGUGUCUCAGGUGACUCAAGUACAAGCAGUAGGCUGGAUGGGCAUUCAUCAGAUGGACUCUCCAAGGUGUCAGGAGAUGAUCCCACAGUCCAGGGUCACGAUGUAGCUGCAUCUGAUGGCUCUAAGCAGAAUGUAGAGGAUAGCACUUUAUCUACAGGCUCUGCAACCUCCAAUGAAGGAGAUGACAAAUCUAGUGACAAUUCAAGUAACACUUUCAGGGAAGAUUUGGAAAAAAUAUUAGAACAGAUCACAAGUGCUCCUGGUGGCUCAGUUUCUACAGUUAACAACCCUGAUGAAGAUAGACUCAUAAGCAUCAUAGAGAACUUAGCUGGCCACAUUCAACAGUCUGUCACUGAAGCCAGUCAAUCAGCUGAAAGGCCUAAUGCACAAUCAAGCAACAACUUGUCAGGAAAAUUGGAACCAAAGUAUGAGAACCCGACUAAUGGCAGUAGCUCAGCUUCUUCAGCUGACAAGCCUUAUGAAGAGGGAAUGAGAAAAUUGUUAAAGUUCUUAGAAGAGCAAUAUGGACAAACAGGAACUGAUGCCAGUGUCUCAGGAAUGUCAAGUGAAAGUAGUAGGUCGAAUGUGCAUCUAUCAGAUGGAUUCUCCAUGGAGUCAGGAGAUGAUGCCACAGUCCAGGGUCAACAAGCAGCUGCAUCUGGUGGCCCUAAGCAGAAUGUAGAGAGCAGCAAUUCAUCUACAGGCUCUGCAACCUCCAAUGGAGGAGGUGACUCCAAUGAAGUAAGAGGGCCAAGCUCCUCAGCAGUAGACUCCACAGAUUCAGGAGACCGUGGGAAUCUGGCUGAUAAACAAGGACCUGGGUUUAAUGGACCUGAGGGGGUUGGAGAGAAUAAUGGUGGAUCUUUCAGGGCUGGAAGCUUGGAUACUGGAAGUAAGAGUGACUCAGGAAGCCAUAAUUUGUCUUCUGGGUCUGGAAGUAGAAGUAAUGUUUCCACUGGUGGUGAACCUUCUGACAAAAACGAACCUGCUGACCCUGGUGUUAGUGGCAGAGUUACCUGUCCUACUGGCAAGACCCAAUCUGGAUCUCCUUCUGUGGCUUAGAUAUUUAGAGUCAUCUCUCAUUUGAAAGUCAUGAUUUUUGAAAUCUACUUUUAAAGCAACAAUGAAAAUCAUAUUCAUAAUUUGCAAUCAAGUCAGGUUUUGGGGAUCAUAAUCUACUUAGUUAUUAUCAGAUAGAAGCCUUUUAUCUUUUACUGGCAUGUAAGGAGGCAGGGCUGUUGUCUGUUUCCUUACUUGUCUUCUUUCUAAAGUGAUUUGGAUUCUGCUGCAGAAGUUAGUGUCAUUGUGGAUAUAUUUGGCUUAAUCUUUAUAUCCUGGAUGUGGAGUUGAUUGGCUAGGUGAUUUUUGCAGAUACAUUUUGGAGAUGCAUAGCCAUGUUGAUCCAUUUUUGCAAUAGCACAGGAAUUCUACAAAGUGUUAAGAUAGUGUUUGUGACUGGUCAUCCACUUUGAUUUCUUUAACUCUUAGGAAUUAGUAAAAAAAUGCCCUCUCAUAUCAAUGUGGCCUUUAGACCUUCUGAAAUGAGCAUUCAAAAAAAAUAUUCAGUAUUUAUUGGAACAUGAUAUUAGGUUUAAUAUCUGUGUAGAGUGAGAAAUCUAAAAAUCAAAUGAUAAUGUCAUUUUGUAAUAAUGUUGACCUUAUCUCAGGAUUGACUCUUAAUCUGCUAAAAAUGGCUUUGUCAUACAGUAAUAAAAUUGUAUUUUAGUUGGUCUUCAUCUUUGGGUAUAAACAUUCAUAGCCAUCACAUAUUUUAAACUAAUAAAAUUGAAAUUAUU